UUGGGGGUACCACACGUGCGCACAUCCUGGUUCAUCCUGGAAACCCUCGCCGCCACCCUCUUUGGGGAAAGACACCACUACCACCCAUGUGUCUCGUGUUGCGGCUGUUCCUUGCGGCGGCGCUCGUUCUUUGGCGUCGACGAUGAGGGGAUGGACGGAUCUGGUAUGGUGUUCCUGCUAGACGCCGUCGGCAGGUUAGUCCGCGCAGAUCUAUGAAAAAGCUUUUGGGAUUUCCUGGGCAAAGUUGCAUCACACGCAGGAGAACCCUAAUGAACUGGUGGCCUUUAUGCCGGUGAUUGCCGUGGUUUUUUCAUAUUCCCGCUGAGAGAGGAGUUCGCUGACAACCUUGAGCAGCUAGAUCUGGUUCCCCUCGUUUUCCUUUCAGACAACGUACUCGGUCUUGUUGUUCCUGCUGAUUGAAAUACUGGGUUUGGUGUCACUGAAAAGGUCAAAGAAGAUCGCACAGGUAGAGCGCGGGAAGGUGUGCGCCGUCGCGAUGAUGCAUCUCCAAUGAGUUUGGCUCAGUCGAUCGAUAGAGUCAAUCCAGAGGCCCCUGGCUGGACUAAAAGACGCAUGUACUCAUGGAAUUAUAUCAGCGAGAGGAGGUGCAUCAAAAAAUGGUGUAGGCGGAAGUUCCAGUGAACCAGAAGAUGAGGAAAGGAAAGAACGUGUAGACAGCUUAGCUGCAGUAGCACUUGCUGUAGUCGACCAAGCCAUAGACAAUCCAAAACUCUUCAAAGGUAUAUUCGAGCAAGUGAGGGGUCUCCUAUCAAGACUUGGAGUGGAAGGAUACAUCUGAUCACAUGGAGGUCAAGGACACGGGAGCAUCAACCCCACACGCACGGGAGAUGGUGAGGAUGGCAUCAUUUGGGAUGAGCUAGAGAACGAAAGCCAGGAAGCUGCACAAUGGAAGCUGAACAGCAAAACGGUUAUGUGUCGGUUAAUUGGCAUAUUGGAUACAGCUAUAGUAGUUGAUGAUGAAGAUGGCAACACGGUGAUUAACUACGGUAAAGCACAUGGUUCCAGUGCAGAAGCUGCAAGUGCAGAUGCAGAUAAUACAUCAAGGAGUGGAUGGGGUGACAAGUACCCUCCAUCGAUUGGGCUAUACAUACAGUCGUCUGAUCAUGACAUUUUCAAGUUCAAUGUGAACAUGAUGGAAUGUGGAGAGGACGUUCUCAAGAACACUUCCAUCCCAUAUUGGCGGUGGCAUCUGGUCAGGACCUGAAGGAUGAGCUCACUCUCGGUGGGGAGUUGACAUUGAAUUUGUGGAGGUGCAUCCAUCACAUGCUUAGUCAGAAGGAGAAGAUAAUCUACUGCGGGUGGCUUGAUAGGUUUAGGGGGAUUUUUGAUCCAUGUUUUGUUGCAAGUGCACAGCUUAAUUAUAAUUGUGUUUCUGUGCACCCGGUGGAUCAUAUGAAGCUAAUUUUUCUUGCAUUUCCAUUGCAGGAAGAGCUUUGCAGGGAUGCUGGUGAAACUAACUGGGAUUACAUUAGCACUAUGAUGCACCCUGAUGUGAUGGGAUGUAGAAUUGAUUGGGUGAAGAAGUUCAUGUUCCUGGUGAAUUUCAUGGAUUGUUGGUCAUUGUACAUUCUGGAUACGGAGAAGAAAAUUAUGAUAGUCCAUGAAAUGACUGAGACCGAUCCGGCGUGUGAGAUGAAAAUCAAACAUGAGGCUUUAGCCAAGAAGUUCCAACAUAGGUUCUGCACCUUAUUCAACGACAUGUUCGGUGCUGGCUUGGUUGAGACCCGUGGAUUGUCGUUUGUGUAUCCGUUGGUGGCUCAACAUGGGCAAUGCAGCAGUGGAGUGUAUAUCUUGCACUACUUCGUCGAGUUCAUCAGACUACCUACAAUCAACACUAACCCAGGCUCAGAUCGAGCACUUGCGCAAGAAGUUUGCCUACGAAAUAGUGACCAUGAAGGGAAACAAUGGGGAUAUUCCGGAGCUCUUAUACGACAUAAUCAUUGACUGAAGUGAAGGCGGUGGUACUCUGAGAGUGAGUGCAGUCAGGCAAGAUCUUUUGGUUGUGCUUGUGAUAAACCCUAGUUUGACACGAGUGAGUUGGCGUGCCAUUUUGCAUCACAAAAUCCCCAGCCAGAGUAAUGUUAUGUUGUACCUUGUAAGGAUUAAGUUUGCACUAUCUAUAUUUGAGGAACAAGCUUGGGAAAAGUUUUUUCAAACGGAGGAAGUACUUAAUUUGAUGUA